AUGAAAGCGACUCACGAAGACAAAUUAAAAAGAACAGAGAUGAGGAUGAUUAGAUGGGUGUGUGGGGUAUCUCUGAGAAAUAUAAAAACUAGCAAGGAAUUGCGAGCAAGAUUGGGUACAGAAAUGAUUGGAGUGGUAAUGCGACGAAAUAGAAUAAGAUGGUUUGUGCAUGUGGAACGUAUGACAAAAGAUGACUGGGUAAAGAGAUGCACUUUGAUGGAAGUAGGAGGAUCAAGACUAAGAGAAAGGCCCAAGAUGACUAUGAGAAGCAUGAAUCUUACAAAUAUUGAUACUCAGGACCGUCAAAAAUGGAGAAGAAAAAUCAGAGGGAAAACUGGCCUACCCGGGUAA